CUCGUCCUCCUCUUCGUCUUCCUCACGCGUUCUCCUCCUCCUCAUCAGAUUCUUCACCGGAGAGAGUAUCACCACCCGCCAACCAUGUACCCUCCUCCGAUGCUCGUAAAUUGCUCCGGCUGCCGAACCCCUCUCCAGCUCCCAUCCGGCGCCCGAUCCAUACGCUGCGCUCUCUGCCAAGCUAUAACUCACAUCGCCGAUCCUCGCUCCGCCCCUCCUCCUCCUCAAUCGCACUCCUCCGCCGUCGCUCCUCCUCCUUCGCACGUCCCCGCGCCUCUCGGUCAGCUUCCUCACCCUCACGGCAGGAAAAGAGCUGUGAUCUGCGGUAUCUCGUACCGUUUCUCUCGCCACGAGCUUAAGGGAUGCAUCAACGACGCCAAGUGCAUGCGUCACCUUCUCAUCAAUAAGUUCAAAUUCGCCCCAGAUUCCAUUCUCAUGCUCACCGAGGAAGAAACUGACCCGUACCGUAUCCCUAACAAGCAAAACAUGAGGAUGGCGUUGUAUUGGCUAGUACAGGGAUGUACAGCUGGCGACUCGCUUGUGUUUCACUACUCUGGUCAUGGCUCUCGUCAAAGAAACUACAACGGUGAUGAAGUUGAUGGAUAUGAUGAGACGCUCUGUCCUCUGGACUUCGAAACUCAGGGGAUGAUUGUUGAUGAUGAGAUUAAUGCGACUAUUGUGCGUCCUCUUCCGCAUGGUGUUAAGCUCCAUUCUAUUAUUGAUGCUUGCCAUAGUGGAACUGUUCUUGAUUUACCGUUCUUAUGUAGAAUGGACAGAUCUGGGCAGUAUGUGUGGGAAGACCAUAGGCCAAGGUCAGGUUUGUGGAAAGGAACAGCUGGUGGAGAAGCUAUAUCAAUAAGUGGAUGUGAUGAUGAUCAGACAUCGGCGGAUACAUCAGCGUUGUCGAAGAUCACGUCUACUGGUGCUAUGACUUUCUGUUUUAUCCAAGCGAUUGAACGCAGCCCACAAGGUACAACCUAUGGAAACAUUCUGAACUCUAUGCGUACAACGAUAAGGAAUACAGGGAGUGGCGGUGGUGUUAGUGUUGGUGGUGGCGGUGGUGGAGUUGUUUCGAGUGUGCUGACCAUGCUUCUGACAGGGGGAAGUGGUAUGGGUGGAUUAAGACAGGAGCCUCAACUUACUGCUUGUGAACCAUUCGAUGUCUAUGCAAAGCCUUUCAUUCUUUAGUAAAGACAAAACUUAAUGUAUAGCGAGUGCGAUGCGAAUCUGUCCAUCUGAUUUUUUUUUUUUUUACUUUUUUCUUUCAAAAGAAUAAUAUGUAAGACAUUGAUUCGUUGCUUUAAUGAGGAUAUGAUAUGCUAUAUGUCUAUGCU